CUAAAUCAUAAGAUUUCCCUAGUAAUCUCCACGAGCUAAAGUCAGAAGAACCAAAGGCAGAUGAGUACGCCACGUGUACAUAACUUGAGCCUCAUACACACGCAAAACGAUUGGAUAAAAUAGAACACAUCAUCAUCAUCAAUUUUUGUACGGUUGUAAGAAGCCACUUGUCAAAGAAUCAACGGUAAAUAAGAACUCUUCUCCUUCUUUUCGUAUCUUAAAUUUAUAUAACAAAAAUGUUUUAAUAUUUGAGAAACUCCAUCAAUCAAUCAUAAUUAUUUUAGUUUAAUGAUUGGAGAGACCGAUCGUGAAUUUGUGGCCGUUGGAUCAAAACUUAAUCCAAAAGAUUGGAGAAAUCGAUUUAUAAAUUGCAGAAGAAGACGACUAGCUGUUGAGUACAAGGGACGACGAAUUUGGUCGGAGGGAUAAUAAUGGAAGGAGAUGAUCGAUAAUUUGGGUUUUUAGGGUUCCUCUUCUCUGAUCCUUUUGAUAAUUUUCACCGUUUUUUUGGGGGUUUUAAAAUUUCUUCAAAUUCUAGUUGAUUUCAUUUUCAAAUUCUGGUGAAACAUUAUUUGUGUUUCAAUGGUGAAGCUUAGAUCUUGAGCUAAGAGUUAAGAAAAUUUCAUCUUUUUCCUGUGAAAGUUUUGUCCUUUUUAGAUUUUGUUUUUUUUUUAUUCUUUAAACCGUUCAUUGAUUUCUUCUGAGUCAUUAGAGGUUGAUUUAUUGCAAGCAAAAGGGUUUUCAAUUGUGUGUUGGUUGCUGUGAUCUUUGACCAGAUUUUAUGGUGGAAUUUCUGAAAAAAGUAUCAAUCCGGUUCUUGAAAUGAUGAAGAGACCGAUCCCAAGUUGGCCAUGGUGGUUAUUAGGAAGUAGAAAAGAGAAAGAAACUGAAGCUCUUAAGUUUCCUACAAAGAUAGCUCGAGUAAAUAAGAGGAAAGAGCUUGAACUUGAGAGCUUUGGUUCGUCUGGCUCUGAAUCUGUAGAUGUUGUUGCUGGUGAUGGACCUGAAUGGUCUGUUGGAUGGACUGAGCCACAUGGACCUGAUUUCCAAAGUGAUGAUGAAGGAAAUGAUGGUGGCUUCUUAGUGUUGGUUCCUUGUUAUAGAGCUGUUGUUGAAGGCUCUAGUAAUAAUAAUAACCAGCUCUUGAGUGCUGUCAAGAAUCUCCCCAAUGGUUUGCCUCCUGGUAUGAAUCACCCCUAAUUUGUGGUCUUGGUUUGGUGUAGUGAAUUACCAUAGCCUUCUCUCUUGGGAUUGAUGGUCUAUUGGAUAUAAUGCUUGUGGUUUUGGUUUAGUGAACUACCAAAGUUGCUCUCUUUAGAGGUUUCUUUUCACAUUUGAUCCCAUGUGCAAAUUGUCCACAGUCUUUGCUAUUUGAUGUUUCAACAGUUUUUGUCCUAAACCAAAGUGAAAACUUUUCUGAAUUCAUUCUUAUCAAAUUUGCAGAUGGGAAGAAUUACAUGGAGCAAUGGCUUUCAUCUCUGCAAAAACUUUGACCAGGUCUCUUCCUUGUGUAGUUAGUUAGUAGUAAGUAGUUUUAAUACGCUCUGAAGAAUCAUUUUGGUUACUACAUUUAUCCUGAAAACCCCAAAAAAAGGAGAAAAAGGGAAUAGAAAAGAGGGAACCAAAAAAAAAACACAAGUAGUUUUAUGGUUUAGAUUAAGAUGAUGGGUAGUUGCUUACAUUGAUCCUGGAAACGGAUCAAGUCCAAGAAAAAGGGAAGAAAAAAAUAGUAAAAAGAAGUUGUGGGGUUGGGAAAGCUAUGGAGAAGAAGUAGCUUUAAGAUUGGUUACAUUCAGAAAACAGAUCAAAAUCCAAGAAGUGAAGGUGGAUAUCAAAUUACAUUGAUCCUGGAAAAGGAUUAAAACCGGAAAGAAAGGAAUACGAAAGCAGUGCUAAAGAUUUUUAUCAAGAUGAUCAAAUUGAUGGUGUGAGUGGGAUUCUUCAAUUGGUUUGGAAAUUCAUGUAAAGUCUUGUAAAUACAAAAAAAGGAGAGUGAUGUAUAUACUCUUGUAAUCUAUCGUGUCCUGUAUCAUAACCUCCUCAAGACUGAGAUUGUAAGUGAUUGUAGAUUGUAUGUAAUAUUAACUACCAUUGAUCCUUUUAUUGUAUGUAGAAAGUAGAAACACUAUUUGCCAUUGUAAUCCUCUUUAAACAUCCUCUGUAUAUCUAUCCCUUUAUAUAUAUUUCAAUUGGAGAAUCAG